UCAAAAAGCAGCACUGAUUGCUCGGCGGGUCGCCAAAUCAGAUGGACGUGGUGGCAGCUGGCGUAAGACUUGGAGUCGGAGUUUCCGGAAGAAUAUUUUAGGCCUGGAUGACCCCGAUGACCCGGAAGCGGCGCGACUUCGAAAGUACCGGACUCGGAGGAAGAAGUACGGCGGGAAACACUUCAUUAUAGCUGUUUAUGACUGUGGUAAAACUACUGCGACUGCAGCUACGACUGCGAUUCCAGUUUCCAGGCAGAACUCAGUGGCUCCUGCGAACGGGACCCCAGCUGCGGAUGAGAAUAAUUUAUCCGGAUCUCAGGUAGUGAUGGAAGAAAAAGAGCCAGACACCUUUUGCAUCGAGUUGAUGGAGGAAAUGAACUUCGAGUCGCGCAACGACCCCACACGACUUCUUCCCGAGACGGUUUCGGAGAAACACCGAGAGAAAUUGAAGAAGACGCUGGCGAAUUUCUUCUACGCCGAAAACAUCACAGAGCAGAUAGCGUACAACUACUUUGUGAGUGACGUGAACAACGAAGUAAAGGAGUUCAUUCACAUGCGAUAUCCGUUUGUCAUCAUUUUCUACCAUGGUCACGAGGAGGAGGGUGCAACGACAAUCAAGUGUGCCGAAAUUGUCAAGGUGCUCAAAUCAAUUUCACACGACUACAACCAGUUCAAAAUCGACGUCUUAUCUGACAUGGUUUUCGGCAGCCGAAACACGGAUGAGAAAAAACUGAGCUUAAACAUGCCCUACAUAUACAUCUACGGAAAACACUUGGAAAAGUCGGACAAGCUAACGUAUCACGAAAACUGCAGUUCCUGCGAUCUUCUUGACCUUUUGAUCACUCAAAGGUCAAUUGAGGCCACCCAAUUGAAUGACAGAAGCGACCUUUACGAAAAGAUACUCAACAACAAACUGUUGAGAAAUAACUUUUUCCACACCGCUCUUAUUACCUAUAACUUGGUAAUGUGUGGCCUGUAUUCGCCUAUCGAAGGCAUGAUGGGUCGGAAGUCGGGGGACAAAACACGAGCGGACGGAGACGCCGACGAUGACUACCUCAGCGACUGAUCGUCUCUGGAAACAAAAUUAAACCUCUUUGCUCAUCAAAAAACUAAUUCGAUCUAACUAUCAGACUAAUAAGCACAUUUGGAAUCAAGUUAACAAUUAACAG